GCGAGAAGGGCGACGCUGGGAUCAGCGCGUGCGAGAAGGGCGAACAGUGGCAGCGGGCGCUUGCUUUGCUGAGCGAGAUGCGGGAGGCGAAGCUGGAGCCCGACCUCCAGUCAGCUACAGCGCUGGGAUCAGCGCGUGCGAGAAGGGUGGGCAGUGGCAGCGGGCGCUUGCACUGCUGAGCGAGAUGCGGAAGGCGAAGCUGGAGCCAUACCUGAUCAGCUACAACGCUGGGAUCAGCGCGUGCGAGAAGGGCGAACAGUGGCAGCGGGCGCUGACGUUGCUGAGCGAGAUGCGGGAGGCGAAGCUCGAACCCAACGUCAUCAGUUACAGCGCUGGGAUCAGCGCGUGCGAAAAAGGCGAGCAGUGGCAGCGGGCGCUUGCUUUGCUGAGCGAGUUGCGGGAGGCGAAGAUCAAGCCCAACGUCAUCAGCUACGACGCUGGGAUCAGCGCGUGCGAGAAGGGAAAGCAGUGGCAGCGUGCGCUCGAUUUGCUGAGUGAGAUGCGGGAGGCGAAGCUCGAGCCCAACGUCAUCAGCUACAACGCUGGGACCAGCGCGGGCGAGAAGGGCGAGCAGUGGCAGCUAGCGCUGGCGUUGCUGAGCGAGAUGCGGGAGGCGAAGCUGGAGCCCGACGUCAUCAGCUACAGCGCUGGGAUCAGCGCGUGCGAGAAAGUCAGCUACAGCGCUGGGAUCAGCGCGUGCGAGAAGGGCGAGCAGUGGCAGCCGGCGCUGGCACUGCUGAGCGAGAUGCGGGAGGUGAAGUUCGAGCCCAACGUCAGCGCUGUGAUCAACGCGUGCGAGACAGGCGAGCAGUGGCAGCCGGCGCUGGCGCUGCUGAACGAGAUGUGGGAGGUGCGUGCGGACCAGCAGGCCGAGGAUCCGGGCGCCGUCAUCGACGGCUACUCGUGCAUAGAGCGCACCACGCUGCAUGGGGAGCAGGAGUGCCUGAGCUGCCCGGAGCAGGCGCCGUCGAGGCAGUCCUGCGCGGACGCGUGCGACAAGCGCGCGUCCUGCAAUACCUUCGUGUUCGGUGGGGGCCAGUGCUGGCUCAAGGCCAAUGCGUCCACCUUGGUCGCCUUCCCGGGUGACGAGGCUAGCUGCUUCAAGGUGGGGCCAUUCCAUAAAAUUGGUUCGGGACUUUGCGUGGAUGCUGAUGGACAGCACUACAGAUCUGCCCGGAGGAGUGGCUACAGAGUUCCUUGGAGUUGUUCCCUUGCUUGCGAGGAGCUGGGCUCCAACGUGUGCCGCGGGUACUCGUUCUUCCCGCUCCCUGGCAACGCCGGCAUGUGCGUGUUGGCGAUGGACCAGUUCGAACAUCCUGAUCCACACUGGGUCAUGGACCCCCGCGUGGGGCACCACGGCGCCGGCCCCGUGGCGCGCAGCACGGGGAUGCUCGGCUCCUUCUGCUUCGCGCGGAGCGCGGGGGCCCCGGCGGCCCCGCCGAGCGCUGCCGGGGAGGAGGCUGUCGAGACCACGACCACCGAGUUUCGGCCCGACGCCGCCACCGGGACCACGCAGAGCGCCACUCUGGCGGCCCAGAAGCAGGGCGUCACAGUGGGGACGGAGCAGGCCGCCAGCUCUGCGACCAAGAGGGGCGUUGCCGAGCCUGCGCAGGCAGCUUCAGACACCGCAGAGGGCGGAGCCGUCACGAAGGCUGCCGAGACCACGACCACCGAGUUUCGGCCCGACGCCGCCACCGGGACCACGCAGAGCGCCACUCUGGCGGCCCAGAAGCAGGGCGUCACAGUGGGGACGGAGCAGGACGUCAGCUCUGCGACCAAGAGGGGCGUUGCCGAGCCUGCGCAGACAGCUUCAGACACCGCAGAGGGCGGAGCCGUCACGAAGGCUGCCGAGACCACGACCACCGAGUUUCGGCCCGACGCCGCCACCGGGACCACGCAGAGCGCCACUCUGGCGGCCCAGAAGCAGGGCGUCACAGUGGGGACGGAGCAGGACGUCAGCUCUGCGACCAAGAGGGGCGUUGCCGAGCCUGCGCAGACAGCUUCAGACACCGCAGAGGGCGGAGCCGUCACGAAGGCUGCCGAGACCACGACCACCGAGUUUCAGCCCGACGCCGCCACCGGGAGCAAGCAGAGCGCCACUCUGGCGGCCCAGAAGCAGGGCGUCACAGUGGGGACGGAGCAGGCCGCCAGCCCCGCGACCGAGAGGGGCGUUGCCGAGCCUGCGCAGGCAGCCGCAGACACCGCGGAGGGCGGAGCCGCCACGAAGGCUGCCGAGACCACGACCACCGAGUUUCAGCCCGACGCCGCCGCCGGGAGCAAGCAGAGCGCCACUCUGGCGGCCCAGAAGCAGGGCGUCACAGUGGGGACGGAGCAGGCCGCCAGCCCCGCGACCGAGAGGGGCGUUGCCGAGCCUGCGCAGGCAGCCGCAGACACCGCGGAGGGCGGAGCCGCCACGAAGGCACCCACCGCACCCACUUCAGAACCGACACCAGCGCCUACGGAGGCACCGACUCCAGAGCAUUCGCCAGGGCCUACCGCAGCGCCUACGCUGGCACCCACCGCACCCACUGCAGAACCUACACCAGCGCCGACGAAG